GCCACCUCACUUAGCACAAAUUGCUUGCAUGAAAUAGAAACUUCGCCUACGUCCUUGAUAACCUGAAAUGUCCCAAGAUUUACUGGCAGCCUUUGGAGACUUCUCGCCACAGUCCAACAAACCUCACAAUUCUCUUCGGCCGUCAAAUAAGGUGUCGUCAUCUUCCUUCGACGACUUCAACCUCAACAGCAGAAGCGACCCAGGUAUCCCGGCGCAGGUAUCACAGCUGAGUAGUGGGCAAGCAUUCGCAGACUCGGCAGUUAGGUCAUCUGGACACGGCAAUAGCACCGAAAGCCAUGAAAACGAUGACGACUGGGGCGAUUUUGAAGGCUCUGCCGAGGUGCCGAAGUCCACUGCUGCAUCAGUUCCAGUAGCAACCCAGUUCAGCAGAUGGCUUGACGAGGAGGACGAUGGGUUUCCGGACUGGGAGAAGAAGAAUGCAGCGCCGAGGACGGGAAAGUGGGAUUUCACGAAGCCUGACCCUCCCGUGACAAAUGUUGGUACAGAGCUUCGAUCUGAUCAGCUAAAUCCAAAUCCUCAGCCGCCACGACCGCCCAGGGAUCCGAACGUGCUUUUCGAUGCUGAGGACGAGCCACCCUAUGGCGAGAGCGAAGAUGAUGAAUUUGGGGACUUUGAAAUCCCCGAGGAAAGCGCACCACAGCCUGAAACUGCGCUGCGUCAUGCUGCAACGUCUGAUCUACUUCAUAUUGAUGACAUGCCCACGAUAGCACCUCAGAUGCAGGUAUUGCAUCCAUCGACUUUGCGGCCUUCCUUGGAGAGCGGUUCGCUCCUUGAUCUAGGAGAUUUGAAUUUGAACGACGAACCAGCACAUAUCUGGCGAACCGUCGAUAAAUCCGCAAGCUCUGGGAAGGCAGAUGAAGAAUCAACUAGCGCUUGGAGGGCCAACGAUAAUAAGACAUCAAUUCACGCUUUUGGAACGCUGGGUCCUGUGUUGACUUCCCCAGCUUCCAAUGAGCCGCCUGGAAAGGAAGCUCGAAGUGACAAGAUACGUGGGACUUUGUCCAGUCAUGAAUCGAAGGCAAAUGUCACGAAGCAGACUCUGCCCACGCGGCCACGCUCACAACCUUUAGCCAAAACUGAAGAAGAGAAGUGGGAUGACUUCGACCCACGGAGCCAAGAAAGUUCAGCACAGCAAGCUUCAUCAUCUGCGACAGGACCAAUCAUUCCCCCAACUCUGACCUCGGAGACGUCAGAAUCCUCGAUAUCCUCACCACCAACCAAUAUUCCACCUCCUGCUUUAAUAUUGUCUCUUUUCCCUCCCCUCUUUGCUUCAGCGGAAGCAUCGUUCUUCCGUCCUCUUCGGCAAGAAACGCCGGAGGUCCAACAGGCUGUCUAUGCCGGGGACGCGGCAAGCACAUACUUAAAGGGUUUGUUGGCACUAGCAACGGUGUGCGGCCGUGUGAUUGCCGGGCGCAAACAUCGUUGGAAACGAGACACGAUCCUUGCACAGUCCAUGCGAAUCGGACCCAGCGCGGCCGGCGGCGUGUCCGGUUUGAAACUUGCCAGCAUCGACAAGGCUGAAAAUGCGAAGGAGGAGCGGGAAGCAGCCGACGCUCUAAAGGCGUGGGCGACCCAGGUUGGAAAGCUGAAGAGUGCCAUCGCGGAAGUGAAAAGAAUACGGGGCACGGAUCUAGGCAAGGUACCGGAGCUGAAGGAGACGAUGCCGAUCAGAGUAGCCAAGGAGAUCGAAGGGGGCCUGAAGGGCCACAGGCCGUGUGCUUUGUGCGGACUUAAGAGGGAAGAGAGGGUAUUCAAGGUUGAUUUUCAAGUCGAAGACAGCUUUGGCGAGUGGUGGGUCGACAAUUCGUCGAUGCACAGAGCGUGUAGGAACUUCUGGGAGCAGCACAGGGACACACUGAGGCAGCGAUAAUGAAAUCCACCUUUGGCACGAGUAAAGGCUAACGAUCGUUGAUCUACCUAUCGUUGGAAGACAGAAAGAAAAAAGACAGCUUUACAUCUCCACGGCCUUCAGCCAUCACACCGUCACCUGUUCCCAUCCCCGAGCCCUAUGUCUUUCGUUCACUCCAAGCUCUUGGCCGCGUUCGCGUCAUCUGGGCUGGUCGCUUGGAGUGCAGCAAUAAUGGAGGCAAUAUCAUUCUGGCGCUUCUCGAGGUUGCUUGCUGCUGCUGCAUCAUCUG